AUGGACGGGACAUUUCACCAAACACAGACAUCUUUAGAUAGAAAGCGAAACCUUUCCCAGCUGCCCCAGCUGUUAGUUUUCUACGUUGCACUUUGGUCUAAGGAAGACUGCAGCUGGAGAGGGCAAACCUCUAAAAAAAAAAGCUUAAACUGCCGUGACAUACAUGAGAAGAGCUGCUUUGUAGAGUUAUUGAUUUGCCGAAUGACACAUCUCAAGUGUUCACCUUCCCCUAAUAGCCACAGGAGCAUGCUAUAGUCUCUGGAAAGGGGUUUGGUGUUGUGUGAAAUUGUGUACAGGCUACAGCUGAUUUGAACCUGGCCCUGUGUUCCCCCACUGGAAAAGGUUCCUCUGCAGGGAAAGAGAAGAUGAAAAGAAAUGAGAAAAAGGCAAAUGAAUGUACAAAAACAAAAAAGGAAAGAAAAAGAAUAAAUAAAGAUAAAAGGUUUAACUAUGAUUUACUGGAAAUAGUAUUUGUAAAAUAUUGUUGUUCAGGACUGUGUGAGAGGUGGGUUGAUAACCAGUCCACUUCAUUUAACUGUCGUUUAUUAUUAUACACAAGGAAUCUUGCAAACAAAUGAGCUUAAGAGAGGUAAUAAUAAACAUAAAUAAAUCUAAUAAUAAGGAGUAAUUAUCUGGCUGUGUUGACUAAGAAUGAACACAAUGUACAAUCAUUCUCACCUUCUAACUUAAUAUAAGUAACUGAAACGUCAGUAUAUUGCAAACAUAACUCCCAUUUCAACUGCAAGCCCAGGGUUCUGCCAAAGGACUCACAGCUGAACUCACUCCUCUAUAUAUAGGCUCUGAGCAAAGCAGCCUACUCCUUCUUCCUGUUCCUCUUCAGUCAGCUCCUCCUCCAGAACUGCUCUUCACAACAGUAUUCAAGAAUAAAUAAUAGUAAUAAUUUAGCUUGGAGUUGUUUUGUAAUAUUGAUAUUAAGCACAUUAAUAUUCAAAAUGGACACCAAGAAGUUUGUGAUUUAGUUUGUAAUAUAAAGGACAAAAUAUCAGAGUUCACAGGAAUGUUUUCCUCUCAGUGGUUGACACAUUUGACCCAGUUAGCCUGCAGAUUCAGAAUCAAGGAAACAGAAAAGGAUGCAACAGAGUGGAGAAAAUAAAAGCCCCAGUAAUAGAAUUCAGCUCCUAACUGACACAGUGCCAUUGGAAAUGGAACAUCCAAAGCUUAAUAAGGUCAGUGGUUGCUGCAGCAGUGUGGUGGAACAGACAGCAGCUGCCUGCUGUGGAGAGUCUGUGGGCAUUGACACUGAAGGCUGCUCUGGAGAACCAGCACUGGGACAUGGUUCCUGAUCUUCCACAUCCAUCCACAGUGAGACCCACAGCACUAAAGUUAGAUGACCUGCGGUGGUGUGACCUCAGUGAAGAGGUUCUUCCUUUCCCCAUACCCUCUCCACCUCCUCGGAGGACUUCGUGGAGUCCAGAUCCUCUCAGGCUCAGCUCCUACCAGCAGGACCUUUCAGUAAAGAUCAAACCUGUACCAGACUCACCUGACAGACGGCCGUCCUUUCACAGCAAGCAGGGUCAUAAUGGCAAGACAACAUCCCUUCAAGCCCUCGCAGAAAAAUCACAGCCACCCUUCCACAGCUGGGAGGGGGAGGCAUCACCAGUGGGACCCUCAGGUGUUGGGGGUGGACAGCAAGACAAAGAGACUGGACCAGUCAACAGACAGCUUCUCACAGACCAGGUGACGAUGUCUGACCGGCGAGUUCCUCUGCAGAAGAAGUUUAAAAAUAAAGAGGAGAUGCAGAGGAGUGUGAGAGGAGAUAGAGAAGCAGGAACAGGAGGAGGAGGAGGGCUGAAGAGCUGCCCGAUGUGCCUGCAGGAGUACCCUGUUGGGUUCACCCAGAUGGACUGUGACGGCCACCUGGCCCAGUGUCUGUCGGAGGUCAAUGUGGAUGUGACCUGGUGAGCAGACAGGAUGCUGGCGGCUGUCCAGGAGCUAGGAGGAGCUAGGAGGAGCCCAGAUGCCACACACUCCAGGUUCAUAUCGUACGGAGAGGGACACACCCAGAGAGCAGCUCGCACAGAGAGCAGCUCGCACAGAGCUCACCAUUCACUGAGGACGUUACACUGAGAGGGGGACUCCAGACACUGAGUAAACCAGGAUGCUCACUGUGGAUCUCUGAUGGCUCCCCUCAGAGGGACCCUACUGUCAUGUUUCAAUUUAGACAUUAGAUCCUGAAUGUGGCUCUGCUUGAGCCUCUUGGCCUCUGAUGUGUUUGAUUCCAGCUGGUCAAGAGGAUCCCCAAACUAAAAUGACAAUCCAGCCAGGCCACAUCCUCCUCACAAACUCUCAGACAGCUGUACAGAAAUAUCAGCUGACUCAGUUUAACACAAAUUGCACCCGGCCUGGAUGUUACCAACAUCAGUGGAAUUGUUAAUGAUGAUAUGAUCACAUUGUGCUACCUUUUUACUACAUUCUGAGUCAUUGGAGUUUCACAUGUAACUCCAAUUCAAACUUAUAGAGACUAGUUUUCCAGUCAUGGAAAAGCAAUGUUAAUUGUCCGUGCAAUGGACACUUUCUGAAAGUUUCUUUUCUUUCAAAUAAAACAAUUUCUGCUUGACUUGAA